UAUAUGGCAAUGUUUCAAAACAAGACCAAAUUACAACUAAAAAUAAUGAGGAAGAGAAUUUUAUCUUGCCUAUGAACAAUAGUAAUUUAUUAUUCAUACCAACUUUAGUACCAAUUGAUGAAGAUUUAGAAUUAGAAAAUAAUACCUUUAAUGCCAAAAAGAAAGAGAAGGAAACAAAUGAUAAUAAUCAUAAAUCGACCGAGAAAGUAACUUAG